AAGACAGUAAAACAUCGUGCACCGACCGACUAGACUGAGCUGCGGCCAAAAUCUCGAUCGGUCGAACGUACGGGAUUCUUUUGCAUUGAAUUUCUCCAGAGAAGAAAUUGGGUACCCACACACGGUAUGCUGUGUAGGAUUCGACCGGCUCUCACCCGUUUUGUGUCUGAAAGUUCCCCGUUUCGUCGUCCGUAUGUGCAGCAGCCAGCAUUAACGGCCUUAAUACUACCGUGUAGUUCGUGUUUUCAACAAAGAUAUUGUCACCACUCAAACAAAAGGAAAAUGUCGUCCCAUGGACCUGCGAAAAGGCUGGAUGGGCAGAAGACCAGUGUAUGGACAGAGUUUGUCAAACUCAGCUCAGAGACGAAAGCUAUCAACCUGGGCCAGGGUUUUCCUGAUUUUGCUGCUCCAGACCAUGUCAAGAAAGCUCUCAUAGACGUAGCCACGAGCUCCAAUCCUCUCCUUUUUCAGUACACCAGGGGCUUUGGCCACCCACGGAUGGUGAAUGCCAUAGCGGCGUUGUACGGCAAGCUGAUGGGGAGAGAGAUAGACCCCAUGGAGGAAAUGCUGGUGACGGUCGGCGCCUACCAGUCGCUCUUCUCAACCUUCAUGAGUCUUAUCGGCCCAGGAGAUGAGGUGAUCAUUAUUGAGCCGUUCUUUGACUGUUACGAGCCCAUGGUGAUGAUGGCCGAGGGAACGCCAAGGUUCAUUGCCUUAAAACCUAAAAACGAUAAUCCGGAGUCGGCGGAUGAUUUUCAGCUGGAUCCUGAGGAACUAGCGGGACUGUUCAACGAGAAGACAAAAGCCAUCGUUGUCAACACUCCCAAUAACCCGCUGGGAAAGGUUUAUAAGAGGAGAGAAUUGGAGAUGAUAGCGGAUCUGUGCAAGAAACACGACGUGCUGUGCAUCAGUGACGAGGUUUACGAAUUCAUGAUCUACUCCGGCCACGAACACAUCAGAAUGGCCACUCUGCCUGACAUGUGGGAGAGAACGUUGACAAUUUGCAGCGCAGGAAAGAUAUUCAGCGUGACAGGAUUCAAGCUCGGUUGGGCCAUAGGACCAACAAACCUCAUGGAUUGUCUUAAAACUGUUGGUCAGAAUUGCAGUUACACGUCGCCCACACCGUUACAGGAAGCCGUAGCGCAUUGCCUGGAGCUAGAAUUGUCUCGUCUGGGCCAGCCAGACUGUUACCUGACGAGCCUAGCCAAGGAACUGGAAGUCAAGCGAGACAAGCUGGCUGGUCUGCUGCGGGACAUUGGUCUAUCACCCAUCAUGCCACAGGGAAGCUACUUCAUGUUGGCCAACGUCUCCCACUUAGAUUUGGAUUUGUCUGAUUCUGGUGACGGGCCAAGAGAUUACAAGAUCGUCCGCUGGAUUACCAGGAACCUGGGUGUAGCUACGAUCCCCUGCAGUGCCUUCUAUUGUGAGGAACACCGAGCCUUUGGAGAGAAGUACAUUCGCUUCUGCUUCAUCAAGGAAGACAGCACCAUAGAAAAAGCGGCGGAGAAGCUAAGGAAAUGGAAGGAUGCUGUAUAAGGAUGGAAGCACAAAUGAAGAGGCUGUUCCUUGACUUCACCCAUUUGGAUAAUGCUGCAACAGGUUGUCGACCAGACUGUGUGUGAUUUAGGGGAGACAGUGCUACUUUGGUUGGAUGGGGUAUAGAAAUUAAUUAAAUUAAUGAAAUUUGCCUAAUAUUGCCUGUCUCCCUGAUUGUGUAUAUCUGAUGCGAUCAAGCUAAAUGAGACGUUUUUUGGGAAUGUUCAUCUCAAGCCAAAAUAGGGUCACUUCAUCACAUCACUUCAUCGCAUUUCUUGGUGUUCCGACUUCCAUAACUUUUGAACUAAAGAUGGUAUCAGAAUGCGGUCUUCUCAUCAGUAAUGUUGGGAUUGUGCUCUAUUCAAAUCUGUAAAAAAAAAAAAUUGACCAGGGCUGACAAAUGACUCAUUUAGCUUUAUCACAUCACAUAUUGAGGCUUGGCACUAUAACAGUUUAUUAGAAAAUGGAAAUAGUGGAUUUUAAUUGACUGAUAACUGGUCAUGUGACGUGUUUCAGUAGUUCAUAUGUAGCGACAUAUGACUCCGCAAAGCACGUCACCUCAUGUUGUCCGAUUACAAUAGCGUGGUCUGUCUCAAAGACUUUUGAAUAAUUAUGUUCUCACCGUUUUGAGCAGCACAGAUAGAAUACACCCUGGGCACAAGGUUGGCAGUGUACCCAGGGGCAUGCGCGCAUUGGACUGUUCAAUUGAACGCAUAGGGGUGUCAGUACAGAGAAACCCGUCUUGACAAAAGUAACAUUUUUGAUAACCAUAUUGUUAGUUCUUAAAGACUCUAUAAAUAUAUAUAAACAUAUAUAUCAUGGUAAAACCAAAACAAAUUGUCUGGUUCGAAGUAAGAAAAAAAAUGAAUUUUGUACG